AUGUUGAUGGCGGAGGUGAAAAAAUCGAUAAAUGGUUUUGGUGACUCGGGCGAAGGAAUUAGAAAUGCUUUAGAUGCGAAAGUUCGAUCAGAAUUCGGAUUAAACUGUCAUUAUUCGAGAUUAGGAAUGACUUGGAAUCGACAAAACUAUAUACUUUUUGCAAAAAAACGACUUAUGGGCAACUAUCGGGUGAGCAAAAUUAUAUAGGGAAUUUGAGCAAGUGCUCAACACGUGGGGGUAUAGCUCAGUGGUAGAGCGCUCCCUUAGCAUGGGAGAGGGCUGGGGUUCAAUUCCCCAUACCUCCAUAAUUUUUUGUUGCAGACUUAUUUGAUGACUGUCAAUAUGCGCAACAAUCCUUAUGUCUCCAAACCAAUUCGGAUAUCCGGAGUCAUGAAUCUUGAAAAUUCGAAAAAAUUCAUUCAAAGAAUGAUUGACAACUUGCAACAACCAGGAAUGUUUCCAUUGAACAAACAACCUGUUGGUUGUAACAUUCCUGUUGGAAAAUCGAUUAUACAAAAAGAUGAAAUUCCGGAAGAUGUUCAUGAAAAUAUAGACAAAUAUUUGAAUCGAGGAGAUGAAAUAUAUUGCGAGAUCAAUGUAUCAAAUGUCAAAUUUUAUCAUUCUGGAAUCUACGCUGGGAAUGAAGAAGUUUAUCAUUUUCUCACCGAACCACGUAGGGUUUUCCUUUUUUUUAAAUUUUUGAUAAAAAUGGUAGACGUUUUUAGAAGAGACCGAAACACUUACGAAAGCAUUGGCAAUUUUCAACGGAGCUCCAGCCCGUGUUGUAAAAGAAUCGUGGUAUGAAUUUAUUUAUGCAUUGAUUGAAGAAAGUGAUCCACCACCAAAAAUAUAUCGAGUCACACAUCCAUUAAUUUGUCGAUCAUCAGAUGAAAUAAUUGCCGAAGCUGAACAUCUUCAACAAACAAUGUUAGUUUAUGAUAUUCGAAGAUCAAACUGUCAACAUUUUACAUCAUUGUGUUCAACUGGAGUUGGAUUUUCUUAUGAUAUGAAUUCGAAUUUAAAAUAUAUUGCAUGCACUUUGAUGAAACCAACUCAUACUGUCGUAAAAGCAAUCACAAAAUCAAGUGAUUUAAGAUCAAAAGCUUCGAAUUCGUAUUCAAGUAGUGAUGCUUCAAUUGAAUCUUGA